AUGNGUAAUGGCGAUGGAGAUGGUGAUGGCGAGGAUGGAGAUAUGGGUAGUUUAGGAGGUAAAGGUGAUGGAAAGGGUGGAGAUUUCGGUGGGAUAGGAGGAAAAGGCGAUGAAGAUGGUGAUGGUGAUGGUGGAGAUUUGGAUAUGGUAGGAGGUAAUGUUGGUGAUGGAGAUGGCGACGGGAAAAGCGGUGGGGGUGGGGAUUUCAAAAUAGGAGGUGGUGGUGGUGUCACAAUGCAAGGUGAUGGUGGUGGGGGUGGUGAUUUCAAAAUAGGAGGUGGUGGUGUCAAAAUAGAAGGUGCUGGUGGUGGUGGAGAUUUCAAAAUAGAAGGUGGCGGUGGUGGAGAUUUCAAAAUAGAAGGUGGUGGUGGUGGAGAUUUCAAAAUAGAAGGUGGCGGUGGUGGAGAUUUCAAAAUAGAAGGUGGUGGUGGUGGAGAUUUCAAAAUAGAAGGUGGCGGUGGUGGAGAUUUCAAAAUAGAAGGUGGUGGUGGUGGAGAUUUCAAAAUAGAAGGUGGCGGUGGUGGAGAUUUCAAAAUAGAAGGUGGUGGUGGUGGAGAUUUCAAAAUAGAAGGUGGCGGUGGUGGAGAUUUCAAAAUAGAAGGUGGUGGUGGUGGAGAUUUCAAAAUAGAAGGUGGCGGUGGUGGAGAUUUCAAAAUAGAAGGUGGUGGUGGUGGAGAUUUCAAAAUAGAAGGUGGCGGUGGUGGAGAUUUCAAAAUAGAAGGUGGUGGUGGUGGAGAUUUCAAAAUAGAAGGUGGCGGUGGUGGAGAUUUCAAAAUAGAAGGUGGUGGUGGUGGAGAUUUCAAAAUAGAAGGUGGCGGUGGUGGAGAUUUCAAAAUAGAAGGUGGUGGUGGUGGAGAUUUCAAAAUAGAAGGUGGCGGUGGUGGAGAUUUCAAAAUAGAAGGUGGUGGUGGUGGAGAUUUCAAAAUAGAAGGUGGCGGUGGUGGAGAUUUCAAAAUAGAAGGUGGUGGUGGUGGAGAUUUCAAAAUAGAAGGUGGCGGUGGUGGAGAUUUCAAAAUAGAAGGUGGUGGUGGUGGAGAUUUCAAAAUAGAAGGUGGCGGUGGUGGAGAUUUCAAAAUAGAAGGUGGUGGUGGUGGAGAUUUCAAAAUAGAAGGUGGCGGUGGUGGAGAUUUCAAAAUAGAAGGUGGCGGUGGUGGAAAUUUCAAAGUAGAAGGCGGCAGCAGGAUAGGCAGUGUAGCUGCCACAUUCAUGGCCAUCAAGCAGAUGACUAAGGUGUAUAGUGCCAUUGGUGGCCAAAGCGGCUUCGACCAAACAGGCUUUUCCAUAUGUGGAAACACUGGGAAGGGUGGAGAUUUUGGUGGGUCAGUAGGUAGUGGUGAUGGGGAUGGUGUUGGCAAGGGUGGAGAUAUAGGUAGUCUAGGAGGCAACGGUGUUGGAGAUGGUGAUGGUGGAGAUUGGGAUACGCUAGUAGGAGAUGGUGAUGGUGACGAUAAGGGUGGAGAUUUCGCUAGGCUAGGAGGCAACGGUGUUGGAGAUGGUGAUGGUGGAGGUUGCAAUGCACCAGAAGGUAAUGGUGAUGGGGAUGGGGAGGGUGAGGNUGUAUAG